AUUGAGUUACUGCUUCAAUGAAUAGCUGUGACAACUGUUGACAAUUAAAUAUUCUAUCAUUAAAGUAAUUUUAAUAAUGUGAUAGUUCUUUCAAGUGGAAAUUUUAUAUUUUAAUACAGUUAAAUAGUGAAGUAUGUUUUAGAUUAAAUUUUAAUUAGGUGUUAUUAAAAAAAAAUGUGACUUACUUUGGGGGGUGGGGGGGUCUGAGAUUUGUGUAAGUUUGUGACCCGGGGAGGGGGGGGGGAGGAGGGUUAAAAAUGGUCUAAAAUAGUGUGACGUACUUUUUGGACGGCCACUUAGUUUGUUAUUCAUAUAUAUUUAUUUAAGUAUUUAAUUAAUUUAUUCUCAUUGUUUGUGUUUAUGAAUAGCUAAAAAAAUAGCCACCGUAUUUAACAUGUUAGUAUUUUCAUUAACAUUUACAGUUAUCCGAAAUGGCCAGCAAGACACAAGCUCAGAGAUUUAUAAACUUAAUAAACCAGCAAAUUGAUAUACUUAAGGGAGAGAGGAAAAGUGUACUAGAGGCUGUAGACGAUGCUAUCAAUCAGGUAGAUCAUUUUUGGAGUUCAUUUUGUUUUUAAAUAUUAAAAAGUUAAAUUAUUAUUCAGCACAUUUUAAUUUUAAGAAACUAAACAUUUUACAAAACGAUAUUACAUUUUGUUUAAAAAUCGCGUUCUUGAUCUAUAAGAAUAUAUGUGAGUCAGUUAAAUAUAAAGCUUACAUAAAACCAUUAAAAUGAGUUUGGUUUCAAUUGUCAUCUUGUAUCGAACGUGUAGGUACAACUUGAAGUAGAUACCUGGGUGAAUGGAGGACUUGUCAAUCAAACUACAUUUUCCCAAAUGAACAACAGAAUUACUCAAGUUAUAGCGUUGUUCAUGACUAAGUCAGAAGAAAUCUCAGGUAAUCUAAAUAAAAGUGUCAACAAGUAUUUGUUUGAUUCCAUAUAUAUUAAUCUUUCAUGAAUACAUGAAAUGAUGCAUUUGAUUGUUUUACUUUUAAAAAAAAAAUAUUUUUUAAAUAUAUUUUUAAAAACUUUGUUAUCAAAUAAAAGGUGAUGGAAUUAAGGCAAAAACCAUUUUUAGUAAAACGAUAUUUAAAAAAUCGCUAUCGCAAAUUUUAAUUUUACUCAAUUCCUUUUAUUGAUAAAUAUAAAACAAAAUGUAUUUAAAUAAGGUAACUUAGGUAAUGCAUGUUUAAUUAUUAAUUUUCUUUGCAUCAUAAGGUUUAGAGAUUAAGGAAAAUAAAAGUGAUCUAAAUCAAACACAUGCGGCAACUAGCAGUGAUUCGACAAGUCCUAAAACCAACUACACAAGGGAAGAAGCCCAAGAUAGAACAAUAUUUAGUACAGAAAAAACACUAAAUAAACCAGGUGAAACAAUUUGUUAACAAUCGCUCUUUUCGUAAUAAUUAUGUUCGCUUGUUAGUAUUAAAAUAUAUUCAUAUUUUCAAAACUGCAUCGUUAAAUCUAAAUUAAAAAUAUAUUUUGAUCUGUUUUUAAAUACAGAUGUAGAUGCUUCUUACAUUACCACUACGAGAUUUGCCAUAUUAGAGGAAGCUGUAUUCUCACUUAAAAAGACAACAGAACAGGUUCAAGAUAAGCAAGAAAAAUUCAUUAAAAAAAUGGAAAUAUUAACAAAUGCAAAUAUAAAAUCUAAGAAAAAAUUUCAAGAAAGACUAACAGUACUUGAGAAACGAAACCAAGAAGUGUCCUCAAAUGUUGAUGAUUUUUUUGAAAAUGUAUCAAAUGUUGAUGUCAAACUAAACAGAUUAGAAGAAGAAAAUAAGUCUGUCAAUGUCUCAAUGAAAGAACUCAAUAAACAGAUCAGCUCUGUUAGAACUUGUAGCAAUGAAGCCCUUAUGUCUGUACAAAAUUUGUCAAAGAGCGUAGAGAGUACAAAUCAACAUUAUAAUGAGAUAUCUCAUAAAAUGAAUGAGCUGGAAAUGUCCAACAAUCGCAAGUCAACUCAGUACACAGAGAAAUUUGAAAGUAAAGGCAGUCUUAAUAAGGACAAAUUUGACGAUGUGGUAUGACUUAUUCUGUUCCCAAUAGUUUCAUUUGUAAGCUAUAUUUCAAGAAAAAAAAACAAUCGGAAAUGUCAUUGUGUUAGAUAAGUUAAUUUUAAAAGAUGUCAUUUGUUAAAUUGGAUCUUCAAAUAAAUUGUAUUAAAAUUCUUAGUGUAGUAAUACUUAAUAAAAGUUAUUUACUAUCUAAAUAUAAUAUUAGGUACAAAUUUUUGUGAAGCAACAGCAUGUUGAGUAUUUUCAUUAAAGUGAUAAUAUACAUUUGUAUUAGAUAUAGUGCAAUUUAAAAAUUGAAAAGUCCAUUGUUUUAAAUGUUGAAGAAAAAUUUUUGCAUCCAGAAUCUAUUCAGUUUUGAUGAUAAAUUAACCCUUUGCGUAGAUUGGUAUGGUUUGUCAGCUACUAUCUAAACGACUGUUUCCUUUGGAGAAAUUAAGUGAGACUUUAAACAAGAAUGUCAUCGUCAGCAAAGAACAUGUUUCAGAGGUAUGAGUGUACUAGUAACUAGAUUUUUUUUUUACACUGUGUAUUGUGGAUAAUUAUUUAAAUGUUAUUUGUCUCAUAGUUGUGAAUUGAGGAAUUGCAUACGGUUAAAAAUUUAAGAAAAAGGUAAUAACAAUAAAAAAAACACUAAUUAAUAUAAAAUAUAUUGCAUGCCAUUUGAAAACUUUGACUGGGCUGGUUUUGAUUCAAAUUUGCAAGGUUACAUUUUGAGGUAACCAUUUCUUUUCAUAUAAUAGCAAAAUUCUAACUGAAAAUUUCACCCAUGGAAACAUUGUGUCAAUGAAUGACCAUAGCUCAGAUCUCACGACCGUCUAUCAUUACAAGCAACAAAAAGCUCGUUUAAACAAAGCCAACAAUCUGUCAGCUAACUCUUACAUACACAGGGUAGGCCACAUAAGACUUGUCCAAGAUUGCUAUCUUUUGCAUAAUCAUCGAUGUGAUCGGGAGAUAUUGAGUGCAACUCACUUUUGAUUACGCAGAGAAGUACCGCUUGGUUGUAGCCACUCUAGUAUUUGUGAUACAAAUUAAAUUUAUUAAAAUUCAUACGUUUCUCUACCGCCCAUGUCGGGCUCUGACUUGCCUCACCUCUUUCUUCCGCUCAGUCCUAACUUAUGCGUUUCUUUACCAUGCUUGGCUUCCCAGAUGCUCUCGAUCUUCGUCCACUUCUUCAAUACAUUUAAGACUCGGCCUGCCUUCGAGCCGUUUUCCUCUAGGGAUUUGGUGGCGAACCCACUUCAUUAUUGUUUUCUCAUCUCUUUUAAAAAUGUCCCGCCCAGCGUAGCCUGUCCUAUUUACUUCUUCUUCCAGAAUGAGGUCCCGAUAAAAGGCAUACGAUUUCUUGUUGGUUCGUAUUCUCUAUCCAUAUUCUGCAGUUGUUGGUCGGUUUAAUUUCCCAAGAUCGUUUCUCUCUGUCUAUCUUUUCUGACGUUUUUCUUAGGGUAAAAGUUUCAAUAUAAAAUGUUGUUACGGAUCUUAUUACAGUUUUUAUUUAAUUUUCUUUGUUUUUCUUGCAUUGCUUUUACUUGUGUAUUUUAUGACAACUGAGGUAAAGUAAAAAAAAAAUAAGUCAGUCUAUUGAAGUUCUUGAAUCUAAAUCACAAAUGCAAUCAACUAUAAAACUCUAUCUAUCCAUCUAUCCAUCCAUCCAUCCAUCCAUCCAUUCAUCCAUCCAUCCAUCCAUCCAUCCAUCCAUCCAUCCAUCCAUCCAUCCAUCCAUCCAUCCAUCCAUCCAUCCAUCCAUCCAUCCAUCCAUCCAUCCAUCCAUCCAUCCAUCCAUCCAUCAAUCCAUCCAUCCAUCCAUCCAUCCAUCCAUCCAUCCAUCCAUCCAUCCAUCCAUCCAUCCAUCCAUCCAUCCAUCCAUCAAUCCAUCCAUCCAUGCAUCCAUCCGUCCAUCCGUCUAUCCGUCUAUCUGUCCAUCCGUCUAUCCAUCCAUCAAUUUAUCCAUCCAUCUAUCGAUCCAUCCAUCUAUCUAUCUGUCAUAUAUAUGAAAUUUAAACGAUUGUUAUACAUUUCAAGGAAGCGGAUGGUGGAGAAAAGGCUGCGCUACUACACGGCACUGCUGAUACAUGGCGCCGUGGUGGAACGCCUCCGCGGCGAGAAGAUUGGCGGGGAUAUGGCCAGGAGGGGAGAUUACUGGUUAAGAAAAUGGCCCUUAGGGUAAAUGUUCCGGAGGGGAAAUGGCCCAGAGGCAAGACGGCUGGCGAGGAGACGGCGACGGUGAAUUGGCGAGUGAGAAAUUCCAAUGAUAUGAGGUCCCAUCACCCAGAGGGUCGGUCCAAUUCAGAAACUCGAGGCACAAUUUUGUAAAGAAAUAUCCUUAGGAGUAAGUAACUUAUUUUCUUCCAACAUUAGAAUGUUGUAGAAAAUGUGUUUGAUUUAAAUAGAUUUUCAGAAAAUUAAUAGUUGUUAUUCAAAGGAUUUAGUUAUAAUGCAUAUAAUUGCAAUAUUUGACGAAAAGUAUAAUCACUAUGUUAAAAAAAAAACUGCUAUGCAGACAUUUUAUUUGAUCCAUGAAAAAAAAUUAAAAAUACGGACAUCAUUUAGUCUCUCAUCGCUCAUUCAGCUUUAAAUGCUAUAACAUUUCCAUAUAAUAUUAUUUAAUGAAAGGCAUAAACAUGCCUCAAUUACUUGAAAUUGUAUAUGUUGCUUGUUGCUCUACUUUUAGAAUUGAUCAAACCUAUUCAUCUUUUGAUACACAAUGUGUUAAAUUUGCAAUUUUUUCUGAAUUAAAUAAUUGAUCAUUAACUUGAUGUAUUAUUUUAGAAUAAAUAAGUUCUGUCAUUGAGAAAAUAAUUAGAACCAGCAUUAUUAGUAAAUCAGGAUAUUUAUUUGCAUAUUUUUGAAGGUAGAAAUUAUUGACACAGAAUUGGCGGAAAUAUUGAGCAAAGUUACAGAAAUUGGAAAAGUUUCUUUAAAAAUUAUUACUCAAAAAAAAUAUUCAAAAAUUCUAUAAAAUAUAUUUUACGCUCACAUUAAAAAAGUCCUCAUUGUUUGUAAAAGAUUUUUUUUAAAAUUUGCUAAAUUAUUAACUAUAAAUUACGUUGCUUUUUUAAAAUUGAGAUGGUUUGUAUUUGAUAACGUUAGAUAUUUCAUUGUUUAUUUCAAAUUUAAAGAAAAAUUUUAACAAAUCUUGGAUUAGGAGCUUACAUCAUUGUGAUAUUAAGAUUAAUAACUUAAAAAUUAAAUUAUAUCUUUUUGGUCAACAGCUUUAUUCUAUGUUCACAUUAACUGAGGUUACAUAGGAAACAAUUUAAAAAAAAAAUUAUUCAACAUUAUUUUCCCAAAUAAUUAAUCUUCGCUCUGUGCUUCUCAAAACUUCUAACGUUAUAUCAUUCAUUUUUUAGCAUGUUUAAUAUUUUUAUCUUAUUUUGUUGACAUAUAUAAAUUCAAUCAAACUACUUUAGAAUUUCAUGACUGUAAAAAAAUGGAGACUUCGUGUUUUGACAUUAUUCUAUUUAUAAUCAGUUUAUUUUUGGGUUCAACUAACUUCGUACGUCACAUUAUUCCGUCGUCAGGAGAAAUCACUGCCCUCCUAAAAGUUUUUAUUUUUAAAUUGAAUGAGCAUUCAUAUAAAUGAAAUCGAAAAAAAUCCAACAACGUAUGACAGGGUGUUAGCUGCAUUUACAGUUGAAAAAGUAGUUUCCUAUAUACUUUACAUUUGGCAUAAAAUUGGAUGUGAAUAUAAAAUGUGUGGCAUGUUUAUUUGAAUUAACAACUAGAGAUCUUCCAGUGUUGAGGUGUAAAAAUUGUUUUUGUUAGGUUAGGACAUUAAAUAUGGAUAUCUGCAUCGUGUUUAUCGCAAUACAAGUUGUCCCUACUUAAUUAAUGUAUUCAAAAAUACAUCCAUACAACUUUAAGGAAAACAACAACAAAAUGACACUUAAAUUGAAUAACAUCAGUGAAGUUUUUUUAAUAAUUAAUGAAAGAUUUUUUUUGCAAUAGAGCAAUAAUUAAUAAUAUUAAAAAAAUUUUCGGACGCUAAUUGACCCCCUUCCCGUUAACUUUUGUAGCCGAAACUUGGCAUGUAGAUUAGUUGCCGAUGACAACAUAUUCCAUCAAAUUUUCAGCCUUACACCCAACACCCUAAAAUCUGUUGUUCCUUUUUUUUUUCAAGAGAAGAUGAAGAAAAUUUGAAAACAUUGAUUUCACAAAAUAAGAUUCAUGAUUAAUGCACUAAAUGAGAUUUAGGGGGCGGGGGUGGGGCGGGGGCGCAACUUGGGAAUCUUUUAAAAUGCAUUAUAUAAAUGCAUGUUUUUUCAAACUUUUUGACCCACUUCCCAUUAUCCGAUGUUACAUUUUAUAAAGGAUUUAUACAAAAUCUUUAAUUUUAGGCGUGGUUUAUUUUUUAAUAUUGUGUUUUAUCGAUUGACUUUCUUCUCUUUUUUAAAAAAAAAAAAAAAAAUUGACAAGAAUGACAGAAAAGACGCUGAUCAACUAAAUUAUUUUUAAAUAAAAUAAAUGUAAAAUUAAAGGAAAAUAAAUGAAAAAUUUUUAAUUUUAUGCGUGGUUUAUUUUUUAAUAUUGUGUUUUAUCGAUUGACUUUUUUCUUUUUUUUAAAAAAAAAAAAAAAAAAUUGACAAGAAUGACAGAAAAGACGCUGAUCAACUAAAUUAUUUUUAAAUAAAAUAAAUGUAAAAUUAAAGGAAAAUAAAUGGUAGUUAAAAUUCUACAACAGUCAUUUAGCCAAAACAUUUUUUUUUUAUUGUUCUGUUUUAUUUUUCCGAGUAAAUAUUAACCCGUUCCAAUACGUAUUUACUUGACACGAUUUGUACGCCAUCCAUCGUAUAAUUACGUUACACAAAUGACUAAGAACUAUUGCCAUGAAAACGAUUCAGGGAAUAGAGAUGUCAAUCAAUCCAAGUGUAAGUCCACGCUAUUCCUUACUAUGAUCAUUUUGUCAAUUUUUUUAAAAACUCUGCUAUUUUAAGCAUAAUUAAAUCAGACGUGCGCAUUUUCUCUUUUAACUUCUGUAGCUAGGUCGGCCCCGGGGGGGGCGGGGGUGGGGGGAGUAGGAGGAGGGUGUUGGGCGGUCUCUUCUUACAAGAACAAUUUGCGUGGACUCUAAAAUGUAUCGUUUGUACUAUUUGUGAUUAUCGCCUUUAAUAUUUCUAACAUGUAUGCAACAAAUCUUCAUUUGUUUAUGAAAUAUGUGUUCCUUUCUUUAAAACUACAAUUACUUAUGGCAUAAUGUAUCUCACAGAAUAAUCCUUGAAGCAAAAUCUAAAGGAAAAAAUCCUGACCAAAAAAACUUUUUUUUUUUUUUACUUUGAAUUAUGAUUUUAACCUUGCAUCACGAUAUUUUUAAUAAACCUUAAAUUGAUUUAAAAAAAAAAAUAAUUUGGUCGUAGGACAAAAUAAAUGAAAAAUGUAUCUCACAGAAUAAUCCUUGAAGCAAAAUCUAAAGGAAAAAAUCCUGACCAAAAAAACUUUUUUUUUUUUUACUUUGAAUUAUGAUUUUAACCUUGCAUCACGAUAUUUUUAAUCAACCUUAAAUUGAUUUAAAAAAAAAAAUCAUUUGGUCGUAGGACAAAAUAAAUGCAAAUUAUACCCAUAAAAACUAUGAUGAAUUGAAAAACAAACCCAUGUGCGUUAUGUUAGGUGAAUAUGGUUCGCUUUACUCUGAGACAAAAUACUAUUAUCAAGAGUAACGUGGGUAAUAUUUUUUUUGGACACAAUCAACUCAAAGUUUAUCAGGCAGAUCUUUAGACCACUUAAGGAAAGAUGAACUAAUGUAUUCACAUCUAGUACAAAGUGUCUAAUCAAAUCAUGUAUGCAGUGUAAUAAAAAAAAUAAAAUUCAUAUAUAUGAUGAUAACAUAAAUAAGUUAUAGUAAAAUGUAGCACAAAUUAAAUGGCGUAAAUAAGAAUAUUUCGUUUAAGCGAAACAAAUGUUAGAAGUACAAAAUAGUCUUUAAAAAGACUUGAAAGAUGAAUCCACAUAUUUAUCUCGGAACAAAUGCUACGUGUAAGCGAGAUUUUCUUUAAAGAAGAUUGUAUAAUUUUAUAAAAUCAAAUUUUUUUCAGAAAUAUUUCACAAUUUUAAACUAUCCACUUUGAUACGGAUUAAACCUAUAAUCAUUCGCUGUAAUUGUGUCUUAGUGUUAUUGAUUAUAUAAGUGUGUGUAUAUCAUUGAUUUAACUAUGUGUGUAUGUAUAUGUCAUUUUGAUUAUGUGUGUUUUCCUCUGUGUGAUUUUUGAAAAGAGUUUUGGAGUUUAAAAAUGUGUGUCUAUGAGAGAGUUUUGGCGCAUAGCCGUUAUCUCUUAUGAUAUACUUGAAGUCAUCAACAUCUCUAUGAUUUCCAGAAAAGGCUACUUAAUCACAACAAGUGGCGAGAUAGGCAGACUUUAUCAAACAACAAAUAGCAACAUUCUAUUUUGAUAAAACUAUCUUAACAUAAGUCUUAUGUUUAAAAAAAAAACACAUAUCAUUGUGAAACUGAUCAUCGACGUAAGAUGAAACAUAAGUUUUUAAAGUAUAUAUUUACUUAAAUUACUUCAACACUGAACAUCUGGACAUUUUACUGCCUUAAAUUUUAAAGUAAGUUGCACUAUUAUUUUCUGUUUUAACUAAUUUUCAAUCUUAAUAGGUGAAAUAUCGUUUGUAUCGAAUGUAUUUUUUUUUUAACAAAACGUUUUAGUUGAUAUAAGACAAAGCAAACGAACUAACAAAGAUAAAUAAAUGUAUACACAUUUAUAUUAGACUUAGCUAACCCUGUGUUGGGCUAGCCGGAUCAUUUUUAAUUUUCUUUUUAAGUAAAUCUUUACAAUCAUGUUCAAAGUAAAUUAAUAUUUGUUAUGUUUUCAUUGUUUUUAUUUCAAACAAGUAACAUAAACAUAUAUAUACAUAAAUACAAGUUCUCAUUCAGGUGUUGACUUUCUGCUUGCGUCCGGAACACGGUUCAUAAACACACACACUCUCUGUCCAGUCUCUCUGCGCAUGCGCCCUAUUUCCUGGGCUGGCUAUCGGUACGGUCCAGUCCGCUAGUCCACCAUAACACCUCCCAGAACAAUUACAAGUCCAGUAACCUUGGUGCUCGACGUUGUCUUUGAGAUCUUCUGGGUAUGACAUAGUCUGAAGGUCCUGGAUGUCGAGGGUUAAUCUUCUUCUUAUGUGGACUUGGAGUUGCUGGAUUUGUAGACGUUUGAUGACUCAGGGUUGCCUGAGCUGUUGGAUAAAGACUUCCUGUCAUUAUAUCCAAACCUGGUUCUGAAUCUUCUUCUGCUCCGUACCUGGGGAGAAGUUGGUCUAAAUGUCUCUUCCAAAUGGGACCAUUUGGGUAAAUCUUUACCUUGAAGAGACGUGGACCCAUAACUUGGAUGAUUGUCCCGGGAGCCCAUCGUGGUUUAGAGUCUGUUGCUGUUCCAUAUACUCUGACGUAACAUGGAACUCCCCGGUUAAAUGAUCGACAAGGACUUCUGUUUGUCCCAUUGCGUACGGCUAUUUCUUUAAGAUGUUGUCCCUGUGCUCGAUGAACAUGUGAGGGAACUAGGGUAUCAAUAAGUGUCCUUAUUUGCCGAAUGUUCAGCAGUUGUCUUGGUUCACGUGCUUUAAUCAAUGAGUUUUGAUUAGCAAUGUGAUUUGUCCUUGUUUGAAACAGUGCGUCUAUCGAAAUCUUGAGGUUCUUUAUCGCGGCUCUUCCCAACAAGUUUAAGCUGUGGUUUUUCACUACAACAAAUGACAAAUUUGUAGUUAUUUCCCCUGCUUCAGCCUUUAUCUGCACACUUCCCAAAACAUUAAGUAGGUCACCAGAUGCUGACUCGUACUUGACCGCUACUGGGCUCAAUGUGGGUUGUCCCAGCUUUCGCCAAACAGAUUCCGACAUAAAAUUUUCUCCGGCUCCAGUGUCAAUUUCAAAUGCAAACCUCUUUCCUUCUAAAAUGAGUUCUUGAAUAACGGGCGGGAUAGUUUUUAUUUUAUUUUGCCUUCUUAUUCUUUUGAGAUGAAUCGGUUUCUGUCUUGGAUCAUUCUCUUUCUUAUUUAGCCAAACUCUUUCGAGAUGUCCUCUCUUGUGGCAAAAGCGGCAGAUCAUGUCUUUAUACCUGCAGACAUUUCCUUUAUGGCCUCUUACUCCACACCUGCCACAAGUUCCACUCGGAAAAUCCUGUCUUUGAGAUUGAGAAAAUGUCUCUGCUGUCUGAUGUUGCUUCUUUCUUUGUGUCUGAAUUUUAUUGAUAGGGGUUUCUUCAUGGACUGUUUCUUUGGCAUAUUUCGCUGCCUCCUCUGUUUCCUCAGCUAUUUCAACUGCCUUGUUGAAUGACAGUUCAGUGUCCUUCAUCAGAAACAAAAUUUUCAAUACAGCCUCGUUCUUUACCGAGCACAUGAAUCUUGUUCGUAAAGCUUCAUCUAGAGGAUUUUUGAUAUUACUAAACUCACAAGUCGCUGCAUCCUGUCUGAUCCUAGCUGCCAAUUCUUUGAUUGUUUCCCCCGGUUUUCUACUAGAAUCGGACCAAAAUUUGAACCUUUCCCUGAUUACAAAUUUGGUGGAGUCAAAUUGAUCCAUCAUUAUUCUAUAUAUUUCUUCUAUGUUCAAGUCAUUUAACUUUUGUGGUGGUUCUUUCUGUUGUACGAGGGUUGACAACAUUUUAUGCAGUUCUGGCGUCUGGCUUGUUACAAAAAUUUGUGCCUGCCUUUCCUUUGGGACAUUAUUUGCCAACACGAAGGUCACAUAUCUAGCGUAGUAGUCUGUGAACGUCUCCUCGUUACUUAUGAAAUGUGUAAACUUCAUAUUAGUAGUCGUAUUACCUGUUGCUAGUUUCAAAAGUAGCUCGUUCUGCUGUAUGAGCUUCUGGAUAAUGUCAGCUUGGGUCAGAGUUGACUCCAUUGUGUAUUUACUUCAUCCGUCCCGUGAACUCACUCGUGCGUAUCAAACUAUGACUCGGUUGUACUGAGUUGUACUGAGUUUUGUAUUGAGUUAAUACUUGCCAUCAUACUGUGUUGUUGAUGCCGAUCGAUACCACUGUGAUGUUUAUACUGGCCACCAUUUUGUUAUGUUUUCAUAGUUUUUAUUUUAAACAAGUAACAUAAACAUAUAUAUACAUAAAUACAAGUUCUCAUUCAGGUGUUGACUUUCUGCUUGCGUCCGGAACACGGUUCAUAAACACACACUCUCUGUCCAGUCUCUCUGCGCAUGCGCCCUAUUUCCUGGGCUGUCUAUCGGUACGGGCCAGUCCGCUAGUCCACCAUAACAAUAUUUAAUUACCUUAUUACAUUGUAAAAUUAGGAGUGGGAAAAUUUAAAAAAAAAAUAAACAAAGAAAAAAAAAUCAAAAUUUAAAUACUCCAGUCAGCAGGCCUGAACAUUAUACUUAUAUUGUGCCAGUCUGUAGGCCUAUACAGUAUACUUUGAUUGGUAUAGUCAAAAGGCCUAAACAGUAUACUUAUAUUGUACCGGUCAGUAGGCUUAUAAAAUGUACUUAUAUUGUGCCAGUCAGUGGACCUAUACAUAUGCAUAUGUAGUAUACUUGCAUUGAGCCAGUCAGUAGGCCUAAAAAGUAUAAUUGUAUUGUGCCAGUCAGUAGGCCUAAAAGUAUACUUAUACUGUGCCAGACAGUAGGCCUAAACAGUAUACUUAUAUUGUGCCAGUCUGUAGGCCCAUAAAUUAUUAUUACAUUGGGAAAGUCAAAAGGCCUAGUUAGUAUACUUGCAUGGUAGGCCUAUACAGUGUACAUACAUUGUGUUUGUCAGUAGGGUUAUAUAGUAUAAUUAUGUAAUAUUGUAAUGCACAUGCGAAAUGUAUGUUUUGUAACAAACGCUAUGUCCCAUUUGCUCUUCUCACCAAUUCAAAUUCUUUUCGCUAAGUAAUUGAGCUGUAUAUGUCAUUUAUAGUUUUAAAUCCUUCCCCUUCUUUGAGUCGAAAGCCAUUUUGCUGUCUACUAAUGACAAAUGAAUUCAACACUUCAGUAGAUACACAAAAGUAGGAAAACCAAAAGUGCCCUUUGCUCCCCCGAAAAUAAAACAUUUUGUUACGCCAUUAACGAACCAUUGUGUUGGCUUUUAGUUAUAGCCCGCCAAACAUUGGCGGUAGCAAUGCGUGAACUUCCAAUCAUACACUAAAGUGACUUGACAAAACAUGAACUCAAGUAACGCACAUUUAAGAAUCCAAAUAUUUGCUACACCCAUCCCACAUGAUACGUCACUGCACACUUUUUAUUUCACCCCCAUGAAUUAUUUCACCCCCAUGAAAUAUAUUAAUAUGCUCAUGUCCAAAUCACUUUUAAACCGAAUAUUUUUAACACAACACUUAAAUUGAGAAAAUUUUAUUUCCGAAAAGAAAAUAUUACGCACCAAACGCAAUUGCUUUAUUUUUAAAAAAUAUAUAUAUAUAUAUCAUAUAUGCUGUAGUUAUCAGGAAUUAUAUUUUGUGCGCUAGUGAACUCGUCAUUGAACCACACUCUGGCGUAUCUAAAAAUAGCCUGCGUGGUGUUUGAAACUGUUGGUGUUUGCCCUUUGCUUGCGAGUAAUAUAUAUAUAGAUAAUAGGAACUUUGUCAAGAUAAAUUGUAUACUAUUAAAUACUACACAAUUAUUAGAAUGUGUAUUAAUUAUUACCCCAAUCAGUUUUAUUGAUAUAGAUCUUCGAUUAGAGGAAUAUUCUGUAGAUCUUAUAAAUCAAUGCUACUUCUGUCAACUCAGACCUAACUAAUGCCGUUCUUUUCCUUGCUUGGAUUUCAAGUUGUUGUAGAUCUUUUUCCACAUCUUCCAUUCAAUCUAAGCCUAGAUCUAGUCUGUCUUUAAGCAGAUUUGCUCUGGGGUUUUGAUUAUGUACCCUCUUCACUCCUUUAUCAUAUGGCAUUCUUUCCAAUGUUCCUACCAAAUGUAGCCUACCCUUUUAAUUUCUGCUGCUAGCGUGGAUCCUGAUUUAGACUGUACAGUUCAUGGCUGGUUUGUAUUCUCCAUACAUAUUCAACCUUCAUUGGUCAAUAUAUUAUAUAUUUUGUCUACAAUUUUUUUAAUGAAAGUGAAUACGGGAGAAAGUUAUUAUUAUUUUAUUUUAAUAAUAUUAAUACCUACAUUUUUGUCUUAAUUUUGUGAACGGGUAGAUGGCUCUGGAGAAAAAUUAGCUCUCAUGCACCUGAUUUUUCAUAUUCAUAUACUUUUGGAUACUGAACUCAUAAAAAUUACUACUUUUUUUUUCUUACAUAAGCUGUAAAAAGAACAGUAACGUCUAAGGAAAUUAAUCAAUUUAAGCCAAGCUUAGUAGCUAUACCCUUAAUAGUCCAUAUUAAAAUUUUUGUCAAUUUAAAAGUAAUAAUAUAAACUUAAUUCCGGGCCAAUCUUAAAUUCUCUGUUAAUUUAGCUAAUAAUACUAUAACUCUUGCAUUUUUAAACGAUUUCAAUGGGUAAACUUUUAAAAUUUCACUCCAUCUAUCAAACAAAUGUUUCUUUAAGACAUUUCCGCCUGGGGUGGGGUGGGGGGGGAGGAUUUCAAAUUUUUGGGCGGGGGCAGUGCCAGUGAGCAGUGUCCAGAGGCGUAGCUAAGAGGUGGCAGAUGGGGCACACGUCCCCGUGGCACAGACUAGCGGGGGCCCCAAAAGAGGUUUGAUGGUAUUAAAUGGUUGAAAAUAAUUAGUUUCAGAGAUGGGGGUGGUGCAUAAAAUGCCCCUUGACGCCAAACACUCUAAUAAUGCCCCUGCAAGUGCCUUAGUAAGGGGGGAGGAUAAGGUUGUCCCCUCAGGUGUCACUUUUUCUUUAUAUGGAUUUGUGGCAUUUUUUUCGGACAAAUAUAUAUUUAGACUAUCCCUAUAUUAAACAUAAUUUGUGAAAAUCUAAUUUAAUUAAAUCCAUGCAAAUAGUUUUAAAAAAAGUAGAAACAAACAUUUACACUCUUAAACUUAAGUGAGCUAUUACAAUAUAACUUAUUCUUCCAUUAAAAUAUUCUUAGAAUUUUUAAUCCAUUUAAUUUCUAAAAUUUUACUUUUAAAUUGUACAUAUGAAUUUAUUGUCUCGGAAAAUAUUUAUUUAAAUGUUUGUUUAACCAAUUUAAUAUAAUGAGUUGAAAAGAAAAAUCACGAAGACCCAUGAUUCUGUUAUUCUGUUUUUCAAAUAUUUUGACAUCAAAAAGUCAAAUAUUCCUCUUCCAUUGCCAAAGAAAUUUUUUAUUAAAAAAAAAAAGAAAACAAUGAGAAUUUUAAAAAAUACAUCUUUUUGUAAGAUGGUAUUUGUUGGUGUGUUGCAUAUUUGUGUAUAAAUGUAUACAUAUUAAUGAUUGAGGGUGUAUAUAUGAAUAUAUUGGCUAAAGUCAACAUGUAUAACAUGAAUGUAUUUCUUUAACAUACAUAGUUACAAAAAAUGGCCAGCAAGACACAAGCUCAAAGAUUUAUAAACGUCAUAAAUCAACAAAUUGAUAUACUCAAGGGAGAGAGAAAAACUCUACUGAAGGCUGUAGACGAGGCUAUCAAUCAGGUAAGUGAUUAAUGAAACAGUUUUUUUUUUAUAUAUUAUAUUUAUUUUUAAGGUUAAUAUUUUGAAGCAUACGCUUAAACUAAGAAAUUAAAAAAAAUUACAAAACUAAAUUAUAGUUUAAUUCAUAAUGGCGUUCUUCAUCCAGAAUUAUUUGUGUUACUAAUUUAUAAAAUAUAUAUAAAACUUACAUUAAAAAACAUACUAAAAAUAAAUUAUAAUGCCAUCUUGUAUCUCAUGUGUAGGUACAAAUUGAAAUGGAUGCCUGGAUUAAUGGCGUAAUUGUUAAUCAAACAACAUGUGCCCAGAUGAACAACAGAAUUCAGCAAGUUACAAAUCUGUUAAUUGUUAAGUCUGUGGAAAUUUCAGGUGUUUUAUAUAUAUAUAUAUAUAUAUAUAUAUAUAUAUAUAUAUAUAUAUAUAUAUUAAUAUUGUUCACUUUAAAUUAUCAUAAUAAAAGCAGUCAAGGAGCUAAUUAUUCGAUUCUUUUAAGUUGAUUACAAAUAAUAAGAUAAAACAUUGUUAUCAAUUAAGUUGGAUGCCUUUAAAGAAAAUCCAUUUAACAACCUUUGCUAAAAAUGUUUCUGGUUUUAUACAUUUAUUUAAAAUCGUGAUCGCAGUGUUUUGAAUUCACAAAACUUUUUUAAUUUCUCCCGGAAAACCCCCCCAAAAAUAUAUAUUGAAAAAAUUGUUUUUAUCCAAAUUCUAUUAUAACUACACUUUAAAACAUUCAGAUCUAAAGAUUACAGAAAAUGAAAGUGAUUUGACCAAACAUCAUAUGCAACAAGCAAUGAUUCUAUGUUUCCUAAAACCAUUUACACAAAGGAAGAAAUCCAAGAGAGAACGAUGUUUAGUAGAGAAGAAACUCUAAUUUCAUCAGGUGAACCAAUUUCGCAGAAGUAUUUUUUAAAAAUAAUAAUUGUAAUUGUUUAUAUUAAAAUGUAUCCAAUGGAUUACUAUUUGUAUCAAAUAAUUGUCCAACUCUAAUUUUGUCAAUCAAAGUACAACGAAAGAAUGUCAACAAGAGGUGAAUAUCAUUAUGGUGGAAGAAAUAAUUUACUGAAUACAAACAUGAAACCAUAAAUGUAGAGCCAUUUAUUGGACUAAUCAUUAACUUCCCUACCUUUGAUUGAAAAUAAAUUCAAUGCAUUUAAAUUUCUAUUUACACACAGGUGUAGAUAAUGAUAUUACCACUACAAGAUUUGCCAUACUAGAGGAAGCUGUAUCGUCUCUUAAAAAGACAACAGAACAAGUUCAAGAAAAGCAAGAAAAUUUCAACAAAAGACUGGAAAUAUUAACAAACGCUAAUUUAAAAUCAAAGAAAAAAAUUCAAGAAAGACUUACAGAAUGGAGAAAACAAGCGAACAAUUUUCCUCAAAUGUGGAUGAUUUGUUUGAAACUGUAACAGAUUUUGAGGUAAAAUUAAACAGAUUAGAAGAUGAAAACAAGUCUGUUAAUGUCUCAAUGGAAGAACUCAAUAAACAGAUCAGCUCUGUUAGAACUUGUAACAACGACGCCCUUAUUUCUAUACAAGAACUGUCAAAGAGCGUCGAGAGUACAAAUCAACAUUACAAUAAAAUUUCCAAUAAAAUUAAUCAGCUGAAAAUAUCCAUAAAUCUCAUGUCAUCUCAGUACACAGAGCAGUUUGAAAAUAUGUGCAGUCUUAAUAAGGAAAAUGUUGAAGAUUUGGUAAGAUUUUUUUCCCACUAGCGUCUUUUAUAACAACGAUCCUAGCAAAUCAAAUACAUUUGUGUACGAUUUAACUUAGAGAAAUACAUAAUGCUUGAAAGUGUUUGAUAUAGAAGAAAACAUAAAUGUUAGACUAAAAAAUGAAAGAAAGAAAUGCAUGUUUAAUAUACUACUUUAUUUUACGAUUUAUAUAGCGAUAAGAAAAAUAACAUAUUUUAAAUGUUUCAGUGACCUGGCAUUUCUUAACCUUGUAAAUUUCUGAAAAUUAUUAACUACGAAACAAUUCGGAAAAAAUAAAAUCUUUGCCCUUUCCUUGGAUAUACAAUAAGUUAAUUUGAAAUAUGCUGUUUAUACUAGAUUGGUUAAUUCAUCGAGUUCUUUCAUACGUUGUAAUACGUCGUAUUAGCACUGAAUCAAAUGAAGUCCAUUUUCUCUAUAAGUGCAACUUAUUAUCGUAUUAGAGUCACAUACUGUUUACUUCAAAUACACAUUGUAUGGCGCAGCUUGCUAUCAUAGAGAAAUAAAACAAUACCUUUUUUUCCCCAAAGUUCAUUUCACAACUGACACACGACUAAAAUUUACGUCACAAAACAGACUAGACAAUAUGUCAUGAUAAGCAUAAAAAUAAGUAACCAAGUCGAGCGCGGGAAGAACGCUCACUAACUAAACGAAUCUCUCAAACACACACUGCGCGUAAUCAAACAAAAUAUCCAAUUAUUAAUGAACUUCCAUACUCAAAACUUGGCCAAUAGUUGUCGUAGGUAAAAAAUAUAUUUUCAUAAGUUUUGUAAGAAAUUCCCAGUGUUGAAAUGUUUUCUAUAUAUUGUUCGGUCUCUGAACGUCGUAGUAGGUUACAUUUCGUAAAUGAGACCAGCUGAUCGUCAAAUUUCCGAGUGCAGCACUUCCGAAACUUCUGAAAUACUAUUUUAUUUUCUUAUUUUUUUAAUGUAGGUGGUUUUGUAUUAUAUAAUAAAAAAAAGGAAUAUCGAAAAUAAAGUGAUAAAACAAGACAAAAACUACUUUUUAAAGUUAAUAGCCCGUUAGAUUUUAAAAAGUAUGUCUCCUGAGAAGAGUUAAGCUUAUUUUUCCUUAUUUUUAGAAUCAUUCUCAAAAUAAAAUAUUUUAAAAUAAAUGUUAUGUUUUUUUUUAAAAAGAAAAUUAAAAAGUUUUUAUUUAAUUUUAAUUAUUUUGUUGUUUUAGAUGAAUAAUCCAAUUAUUUUUUAAAUUAAUAAGAGUCAUUUAACAAACACAAUUUUUUAAAACUAUGAUAAUAUUCGCUUGUGCAUAGAUUGGUAUGGUUUGUCAACUGCUGUCUAAACGACUGGCUCCUCUAGAAACAUUAAAUGUGA